UUCUUCCUCAAGUCUCCUCCCACACAUAUAUACCCCUCAUGUCCCCAAUUUGAAUUCAAAGUUCCGAACACCCCCAAAAACAAUUUUCAAAUCAUCAAAAUUCAGCAAAACAAAUUCUCAGAUGUUCAUUUGCGGAAGUGGAAGUUUCAGCAAUCACGAUGACGAACCCUACCUCAGCCCCUGCUCCACCCCGAAGCGAUCGCGGCGGAGCACCAGCUUCUGCAAACUCAUGUCCAGAGACAGCGCCUCCAAAAAUCCCUACGCCGAUCGCGGCCUCGACAAAUUCUACGCGCUCCUAGCAGAUCUCGACGAUAAGAAGCAGAAGAUCUACACGCAGAAAGGCUCCGAGGACAUCUCCUUCGUCCGAUUCGUCUACGACAACGACUCCGACAGCGUCAAGCCGAUCGUAAUCAAGGUCAAGGACAGAUCUCCCCCGAAAUCCGCCAAGAAUUUCACCGAUCAGCGCAGCUUCAAGAGCGACGACGCCGCUCCGGAGGCGAAGAGCGAGAAAUCGAUGAAGAAGAAGAGAUCGCUGAGAUGCAAGGGGAAUUUGAAGCUGGAGGAUCUGAAAUGUCCUCAAUUGUUUUUCCCGGUGAUGGUGGUGCUGAUUCUGCUGUUUCUGGCGAUCUACGGCAGGUCGUUCGCGAUCCUGUGCACGUCGAUUGUGUGGUAUUUGGCUCCGACGAUCAGCGGCACGUCGAUGGCGACGGCGGCUGAUGGUGAGAGAAAGCCGAAGAGGAAGAAGGAGUAUGUGAGGAAAAGGAGCGAGAAGAUGGCGGUUGUGCAUAGUGAGGGACCUUCUUCGCCAAAAAGUGUGAUCAAUGGACUUCAGCAUGAUCGUAAGAGCAGUUGCUGAUUUUUUUCUAAUUUUUUAUUUUUAUUUUUGUGAAAGUCGAUCGAAGAGUAUUCGACUUUGGUGUGGUUUGUAAAUAAUUCUUCUUUUUUUUUAUUUAUUUGUUUGGAUCAUAAUCUUAAAUGGGAACAUGGUGCAUGGUGUGUACUAUGAUCCUACUUUUUAGGAGUAUUUUAGAGUGAAACAUUUUAAAAAAUUAUCGAAUAGUAAAAGUAAAGUUGCGAAUUAA